AUGGAGCACUCUUGGUUCAUGAUCAUCUUAUCUCUUUGUCUCUGUGCAGCAGCCACCAAUGUUUUCCUCAUCCUCUUCUCUCAGAGCAAAUACAAGAAAACCAAACUCUCUUUACCACCAGGCCCUCCUUCACUGCCCAUAGUAGGCAGCAUCUUCUUGCUCAAAAGAUUGUUAAACGAUGCCGAAUCAUUCGUCCGUGAACUCUCCUAUAAAUACAGACCAAUCAUCGCCAUCCGCAUUGGCCCUAGCCUCUCAGUAUUCAUUUCCAGCCAUUCAUUAGCCCAUCAAGCUCUAAUCCAGAAUGGUGCCGCCUUUAGCUACCGCCCAGGAGCUGUCACACCCAGCUGCAUCUUUAGAAACACCAAUUCAGAUACUGGUUCCUCCUCUGGUGCCCGUUGGAGGUUCCUCCGUCGUAACCUCACUUCCGCACUUCUUAUCCCUUCUCGGUAUAAGUGUUUUGGUCCCGCCCGCUUAUGGUUCUUGGAAAUAACUGAUUCGUUACUCAAAUACCAUGUUGACUCAGGCGAGCCUGUGCAAGUGGUAGAACCCUUCCGAUAUGCCAUGUUUUCUUUGUUGCUUUUCAUGUGCUUUGGUGAGAAACUUGAUGAGAAAGUCAUCAAAGAUAUUAUGGAAAUAGAAGGGAAUGUCGUAGCCAAUUACAAAACACUUUCUAUGUUCCACACGUUCCCCACCUUCGCGAGAUUCAUCUUCAGAAAACAGUUGAUUGAUAUUCGCCGCAAACAAAUAUCUGCUUUACUUCCUUUGAUCCAAUCCCGUCGAGAACCAAAGGAGAAGAUCAAACAACAAAACCAAGAUGAGAAUUUUUUCGCCUACAUUGAUUCACUCUUCGAUCUCUAA